AUGAAAAGGAAGAGACAGGCGGACACAACUAGUGACCAGCCUGGUCCUGCUCGGCGGGCUCGAAAAAUCCAGGCUGUGCCAAGGGGUGCAGGUGUCAUCGAAGGCACUGGCGAAGCAGCAUCUCAAGCUAUAUCAAAGUCACCAAAUAAACCGAAAAAAGCGCCUCGUCAAAAGGACGAAGAGCGUAGGCUCCGUGCGUUUAGGUCCAAACCACCGCAGACCUACUUGGUCAAAUUAUUUGUCCUUAGGAGGACAAGAGGAGGAACCGAAGAAGUCCCAGAGGAGUAUAUUGACAUUGCCGGCUCAACCGGCAAUAUAUACCAAGUUGUCAUCGGGAAAGAGCCAUCUUGCACCUGUCCUGAUGCAAAGAAAGGCAACCAAUGCAAACAUGUCGUAUAUGUAGGGUCCAUGCUCCAAGAGAAUCCUUACAUCUUCAAAUCUCUCUCCUAA